CCUUCUCUUGCUGUCUUGCAGCCCAUGGGAUCAGAGCGGAUGGAGAUGCGCAAACGGCAGAUGUCGACGACCCCGGAGACCCCAGGCACUGUGCAGCCUCAGCACAGCGCGGGAAACCGAGGGUCCAACGCCUGCUGCUUUUGCUGGUGCUGCUGCUGCAGCUGCUCAUGUCUUACUGUUAGAAAUCAAGACGAAGAGAGAGCAAGGAGAACAUCUCAUGAACUCCAAGCAGAGGGUAUUCCAAACUGCGAGGAAAGCCCUGCUCCUACUCUUGAAGAAGUAAAUGCCUGGGCUCAGUCAUUUGACAAGUUAAUGCUUACUCCAGCUGGCAGAAAUGCUUUUCGGGAAUUUCUGCGAACAGAAUUCAGCGAGGAGAACAUGCUUUUCUGGAUGGCCUGUGAGGAACUAAAACAAGAAUCCAACAAAAAUGUCAUCGAAGAAAAAGCAAGACUAAUUUAUGAAGAUUAUAUUUCUAUCCUUUCUCCAAAAGAGGUCAGUCUGGACUCCAGAGUAAGAGAAGUUAUUAACCGAAAUAUGCUGGAACCCUCACAACACACCUUCGAUGACGCACAGCUUCAAAUUUAUACCUUAAUGCACAGAGACUCCUACCCACGGUUUAUGAACUCUGCUAUUUAUAAGGACUUGCUUCGGUCCUUAUCUGAAAAAUCCAUUGAAGCAUAGAAUUUUUUCUUAAAUGUAUUUAUUUUAAAACAGACAGAACUCUGGGCUACACCAAUCCACAGGGAAUUUAGAAUUAAUCGGACAUUUACCUGAAAAUAACUCAGGCAAGUUUUACUAUAGACUGAAUGACUUAAACCCGCACAAGGCUCCGACACAAUCAGCUAACUACAGUUUCUGAUCAAAUUCAGUGUUACUUUGCAAAAGAGAAUGACGAGAAAAUGUUGUUGUUCAAAAAAUGCAGUAUUUUUUCAAACGCAGCAUGCAACUCGGAUGCAAAUUUGUUACAAUGUAUGUCUGAGGCACAAAUGCCAACUGAGCAUGAAAACUAAAUUUUGCUCUUAAGUGGAGUGUUAGAAUUUUCUUGAAAACCAAACCAGUUGUCCCAUCCACACUGUGACCAAAGUAAAAACAGUACUGUCAAUAUCCGGGUUACACUAGACAAAGUUUCACAUAUCAUACCUGGCACAGGUAGACUCCACUUGUCUUCGUAUAUUUAAUGCAUAUAUGGUGCAGUAAUGGCAAUUGGUAUGGCAAUCUCAAGUUUAUGAAAGCUAAUGGUUGAAACAAU